AUGGACGGCAUUGGUGCAGCAGCAGGUGCAGCAGCAGGAGGAGCAGCAGCAGCAGCAGCAAGAGUGGUGGUGCUAGCAGCAACAAACAGGCCAGACCUCCUUGAUGCUGCGCUGCUGCGGCCCGGGCGCUUCGAUCGUCUGGUGUAUGUACACCUGCCGGAUGCAGCAGCAAGACAGCAGAUAGCUUUCAAUGCUCUUAAGCAUGUGCCUAUACACCCCACAGCUGCUGCUGCUGCUGCUGCUGCUGUUGCUGCUGCUGGGGGGGAGGGGGAGGGGGAGGAGAGGGAGCAGCAGCAGCAGCAGCAGCAGCAGCAGCAGCAGAAAGGGAUGGUGUUCAGGGAGAGCAGCACAAAAAGACAAGACUGGAUAGCUGAGGAGAUUGAGCAGCAGCAGCAGGAAGAAAAACAGCAGCAGCAGCAACUGCAGCAGCAGCAGCAACAGCUGCAGCUACAGCAACAGCAACAAAACAAAGCUGCUGCUGCUGCUGCUGCUGUUGCUGCCUGGUUGAGUGUACGUACACCUGGAUACAGUGGGGCCGAAAUUGUUAUGCUUUGUAAAGAAGCAGCAAUGCAUGCAAUCAGAGAACAUAUUGCUGCUCUGCAGCAGCAGCAGCAGCAGCAGCAGCAGCAGCAGCAGCAGCAGCAGGAACUGCAGCUGCAGCAGCAGCAGGAACUGCAGCAGCAGCAGCAGCAGCAGGAACUGCAGCUGCAGCAGGAGGAACUGCAGCAGCAGCAGCAGCAGCAGCAGCAGCAGGAACUGCAGCUGCUGGCGCUGCAGCUGCGGCACUUUGAGGCUGCGCUGCAGCGCAUGCAGCCCCGUACCCCGCAGUCUCUGCUGCAGCUGUAUGAAGAAUACAGCAGCAAGACACAAGGAGCAGCUGCUGCUGCUCCUGCUGCUGCUGCUGCUCCUGCUGCUGCUGCUCCUGCUGCUGCUGCUGCUGCUGCUGAAGCUGAAGCUGCAGCAGCAACCAGCUUUGCUUAG